UGUUCAACCUGUAUCGCUUGAAAGGUCUUUCCCCAUCGCUGCCAUCCUCUAGCAGUCGACAGCCCCUACUCCCUUUAACCAGCUUUAGAUCCCAUAUCAAGUCCCCACACCGUCCAUCUCAUAAUGGCCGAAAUCUGCGCCAAGUGCAAGUCUGAAUGCUACUGCUCUCGCGACGACCAGAAGUUCCAUUGGAAGAUCCACAAGGAAGUAUGCUCAUCAAACGCCAGCGCCACCAGCACUUUAGCCACAGAGACGAUCCUCAAGAAGCCCUUCCACCGACUCGACAACAAAACCUGGCUGCACGAUCGCCCCGAAGAAGAGGCGGACAAGCUACUCAUUGACGUCUACCGCAUGCGCGUGGAGGAUCGGUACAAAUUCGAAGGCGAGGUCGAUGUAGACAGCAUUUACGGAGGCGCUGCAUCUGUUGUUGGUGGUUUCCGCCGCUUUAUGAAAUCGGUGCAGAGUCGUUCUGGUCUUUUGCCUGGUUGGUGGUCUGCUGAGAAGGCUGCUGCGUGUGAGGAUUUAGGGAAGAGAGGUGGUUGGAGUUCGCUGGAUUCUGCGGUUGAAAAGUCGGAUGUCAUUGAGGAGUAUGGAGACAGAUUCAUGCCGAUGCAGCUUCGGAUGUUUGGGGAGCAGGUGUAAGGGAGUGGACCUGGGGGUCAGUCUGGGGCGGCCAUGCUUACUUACAUGGAAAUGGUGGAGUCUGGGGAUAGAAAAUCGUCGUUUCUGAGCAUUUGAUGGCGAUUGUAGUCUCGGGAUAUGAUGAGGACUCGCCAUGUCAUGAUGGUUGAGGGUUCGAAAUAGAAAAGUCGUGGAUGGAAACUAGUCUCUCACGCCCACAAGGUUGCCCAUUUUCCAAGGCGGAUGUGAAAUGCGGGCCUAUAAGAGAAGUGAGAAUGAAAAGCUAUUGGAAUUGAGAAA